AAACUGGACCUGACUUUCAAGAAGAUCUUUGGCACGAAAUAAGUAAGAAUAUUCUUACCCAUUUUUGAGCGAUGUUUUAGGGUAUACUGAAGUUAAUACUAUGCAAAAAAUAGAAUUCAUCAGCGUCAUUAUAAAUUCUGAAUUUGCUUCUGAGAAACAAAGCAUGGUUGAUGUUCUCUCAACGAUUCUGUUGGUAAUAAGUUUAUGGUUGAAAUGGAGCUCACUCGUGACAAGGACUUUGAAAAACGUGCUCAAUAUUACAUUGCCAAAGCUUCUCAAGGCUAUCUGGUGGAUUUACAAAAGAUUUUCUUUAUUACAAUAUCAAACUGCACUUUAUUUCCCGAUGAGUGAGUCAAUUAUAUAUCCAGCCAUACCAUAAGAGACGAUGAAACUAGUAAGCAUGAUUUACAAGAUUUUCAAUUCGUGUUCAUUGAACUAUCUAAAUUUCCUAAAGGUAAAGUAGACUAAUUAACAAGCAUAGUAGAACGCUGGUGUUUCUAUGCAGAAGAAAUAACAGAUAAAAACUUAAAAAAGAUAGCAGGAGAAGUAUUAAUCAUAAAUUAAGCAUAUGAUGAGUUAAACAAGUUUCACUGGGAUGAAAAGUACCUAACAGCGUAUGAAGAAAGAAUAAUGAAUCUGUACAGAGAGGAAGCUAUCCUUGAACAGAAACUU